GCAACUGCUAGUGAGGACUUUGGCACAGUGUAGAUAAUUUUGCAAAUUCGGCCCGUCGUCGUAUCGAACCGAAGUACGGCGAUAAUCUUUGCUAAAGCAAGUAAUAUCAAUCGUUUUUAAAAUGAAGCCCACAGAGGCCGCACGCGACGACGUUUAGCAAUAUUUUCGUAAUUAAAAAAAACAAUAAUUUAUUAUUUUGUUUUUUGUAACAAUUGGAUUGUGUUUGAAAGGAUUAAGUACCUAAUUUGUGACUCGUUAUUUAGUAAAAAGUGAAUCAUUUAAAAAUGGAGGAUAAAAAUAGUGGUUCAACUGAAAAGCUGUCGUUUGAGGCAGCGCUCGAUAAAGCGGGUUUCGGUCUAUACAGCUACAUAAUGACGAGCCUAGCGGGACUGGCCAUCAUUUCCUUCGCCUGCAUCGUCUACGCCAACACCAUCAUCGUCCCCACCAGUGCUUGUGAGCUGGCCACCACUGGCAGUCAGCAGGGGCUUCUAGCUGCUGGACCUGUUGUAGGCUCUGUGCUCGGUGGCCUAACAUGGGGCUAUCUGGCAGAUACGCGAGGCAGACGGAAGAUGUUGCUUGUUGCUCUGACAGGAGGCGUCGUCUUCAACCUCAUCGCCAGCAUCUCAGUCAACUGGAUCAUGUUGCUUAUAUUCCAGUUCAUUGCUUCGCUUUUUGGGUCUGGUAUGUACUCGAUGUCGAUGUCGCUGCUCAGUGAGAGUGUCCCCAUGGCGAAGCGAAAUCUCGUCGUUCUGCUGGUCUCCAGCAUCUUCUUGCUGUCCCAGGGUAUCAUGGCAGUGUUGGCGAUGCCAAUCAUCCCCUUAAGCUUCUCCCACUAUCUGGAAGCUCUGGAUAUCUACUGGAACUCCUGGCGAACGCUGUUGGUGGUGUACGCAGUACCCAGCAUCCUCACGAUUAUCUUCAUAUCUCUUAUGAAAGAGAGCCCUAAAUUUGUGUUCGUCAAGGGAGACGAACCAAGGGCUUUGGAGAUUUUGAGGACUAUUCACAGAGUCAAUCAUUUAAGGUCUAAAGAGGAAUUUGAGGUCAAAGGACUGGUUCUGGAAGAGAACACGGAAUCCGGUGGUUCCGCUAAAGACCAGAUUGUGCCGCUGUUCCGACAACCACUCCUUAAAUACACCUUCAUCGUAAUCAUACUCUUUACCUUCCAACAAGUUGGAGCUUUCCUGGUUUGGUUGCCAACCAUCGCUGACCAGUUCGUGCGCAUUUUGCAAUCUGGUGAUAACUCUGACCUGACCAUUUGCGACAUUAUCGGCAUGGAAGUACCUGUUAAUGAGGAUGCAGUGCCCUGCGCCCUGGAUGACACCUCCUUACUCAUCGUCCUUGGUUUGGCUGCAAUGCAGUCUGUGUUCAACUUUGUUAUGAGCUUGCUCUUAGGCUUAGUGGGUCGUCGUAACAUGGUUCUGGUGGUGACCACACUAUGCGGUGUAAGUGGUAUCCUGGUCAACCUGGUGCCCAAUGCUAUCGCCAGUGCCAUACUCUUCGCUAUACUACUUCAAGGAGUCGUCGUCAUUGGGUUGUACACUGCGAUUGUGGUCGCCAUAUUCCCCACAAACUUGAGGGCUAUGGCGAUCGCUCUUCCAAUGACAUUUGGACGAAUCGGCACAUUCGCAUCCGUACAAAUCAUCAAUUUGAUGUUGGUCAACAGCUGCGAAGCUGGCUUUUAUCUUUUCUCAUGUAUUUUCGGAGCCUCAAUGAUUGUCGCGCUGUUUCUACCGGACGACCGUCGCCUUCAAAAACCAAUAGCUCCAGCGCCAGAAACCAAAGUUGAAAAUGAUGAAGUACUUAGAAGAGAAAGUGAAAAAAUGUCUUAUUUGUAAAUAGAUAUAUUUAUAAAAUAGUUCAUUUAAUUUUAAGUUAGAGUUUAUUUAUUAUCUUGUUAAGUUUUUCACUCAUAAAAUAGAACCAGAUCAUUGUAACACAAUCUAGUGUAAGUAAUUUAAGUAACUAUGUGAAAUAAUCAAAAGCCUACAAUAUUAUA